CCCGGCCUGGUUUGUCUCGGAUGGCGGCGCUGCGGCAGGACGCGGCCGGGGCGGCGCUGGAUUUGUGAGGAUUUAACGGCUCCGGUUUUUUUCUCCUGCGGUGAAACUGGUUGAUUUUGCGGAGGAGAGGAGUAGCGGCGGGAGCGGCCUCAGGUUCUCGGUGAGGAUGCAGCAGUGAGCGUGCUCAGAGCGCUGAUCUCAACCAUGGGCUCAUACGGCAGCGGCGGCGGCAGCCAGGCGUGCGGCGGCCAGGACAACUGCUCGGCUCACAGCGAGUCCAAAGAUUACUGCUACUCGGCUCGGAUCCGCAGCACGGUGCUGCAGGGACUGCCGUUCGGAGGCGUGCCCACCGUGCUCGCCCUCGACUUCAUGUGCUUCCUGGUGCUGCUCUUUGUCUUUUCUAUUCUGCGGAAAGUCGCGUGGGACUAUGGCCGCCUAGCGCUCGUCACCGACGCCGACAGACUGAAGAAGCGUUUCAGCAACCUGGAGGAGCGGGAAUACGUUGCCUCGGCGAUGCACUCGGAGACGCCCGACCGAUACGAACGCCUCACCUCCGUCUCCAGCUCCGUCGACUUCGACCAGCGAGACAACGGCUUCUGCUCGUGGCUGACGGCCAUCUUCAGAAUAAAGGAUGAGGAGAUCAGGGAGAAAUGUGGGGAGGAUGCCGUUCACUACCUUUCCUUCCAGCGUCACAUCAUCGGCCUGCUGGUCGUGGUCGGAGUCCUCUCCGUCGGCAUCAUCCUGCCCGUCAACUUCUCUGGAGACCUGCUGGAAAACAACGCCUACAGCUUCGGACGCACCACGAUAGCCAACCUGAAGUCUGGGACGAAUCUGCUGUGGCUCCACACUUCGUUUGCCUUCAUGUAUCUGCUCCUGACCGUCUACAGCAUGAGGAGACACACGUCCAAGAUGCACUACAAGGAGGACGACCUGGUGAAACGCACUUUAUUCAUUAACGGCAUCUCUAAAUACGCUGAGGAGAGUCAGAUCAAACAGCACUUUGAGCAGGCGUAUGAGAACUGCACGGUGCUCGAGGCUCGGAUCUGCUACAAUGUGGCCAAACUGAUGGCUCUGAACGCUGAGAGGAAGAAGACGGAGCGCAGUAAGAAGUUCUUCACCGACCUGAUGGCGAAGGAACACGUUCCCACCAUGAUCAACCCCAAACCCUGUGGACACCUGUGCUGCUGCACCAUCACCGGCUGUGAGGAGGAGGAGGCGGUGAGCUACUACACCAAGAGAGAGGCCAAACUGAAGGAGGAGUACAGGAAGGAGAAGGAGAAGGUCCACACCAAACCUCUGGGCAUGGCCUUCGUCACCUUCCAGAACGAGGCCAUGACUGCCAUUAUUUUGAAGGACUUUAACGCCUGUCAGGUUCAGGGUUGUCGGUGUCGUCAGGAGCCACGCUCCUCUCAGUUCAGCGAUGUUCUUCACGUUCACAACUGGAGCGUUUCGUACGCGCCCGACCCGCAGAACGUCCGCUGGGAGCACCUGUCGGUGGGCGGGAUCUCCUGGUGGAUCCGCUGCUUCAUCAUCAACUGCAUCCUCUUCAUCCUGCUCUUCUUCCUCACCACGCCCGCCAUCAUCAUCACCACCAUGGACAAGUUCAACGUGACCAAGCCUGUCGAGUAUCUCAACAACCCCAUCGUCACUCAGUUCUUCCCCACUCUGCUUCUCUGGGCUUUCUCUGCUCUGCUGCCCACCAUCGUCUAUUACUCCGCCUUCUUCGAGGCUCACUGGACCAGGUCCGGAGAAAACAGGACCACGAUGCACAAAUGUUACACCUUCCUGAUCUUCAUGGUGCUGCUGCUGCCGUCUCUCGGACUCAGCAGUCUGGAUGUUUUCUUCCGCUGGCUCUUUGACAAUAAGUUCCUGGAUGAUGGUACAGUCAGAUUUGAGUGCGUCUUUCUGCCGGAUAAUGGAGCGUUCUUCGUCAACUACGUCAUCGCCUCGGCGUUCAUCGGUAACGCCAUGGACCUGCUGAGGAUCCCCGGUCUGCUCAUGUACAUGAUCCGGCUGUGCCUGGCUCGCUCCGCCGCCGACCGCCGCAACGUCAAGAGGCACCAGGCCUAUGAGUUCCAGUUCGGAGCAGCGUACGCUUGGAUGAUGAACGUCUUCACGGUGGUGAUGGCCUACAGUAUCACCUGCCCCAUCAUUGUCCCCUUCGGUCUGAUGUACAUGCUGCUGAAACACCUGGUGGACCGAUACAACAUGUACUACGCCUACCUGCCCUCCAAACUGGACAAGAAGAUCCACUCCGGAGCCGUCACCCAGGUGGUGGCUGCGCCCAUCCUCUGCCUCUUCUGGCUGUUCUUCUUCUCCACCGUACGCACAGGUUUUGAGACACCAACCUCCAUGUUCACUCUGGUGGUGCUGAUCGUCACCAUCGUGGUCUGUCUGUCUCACGUCUGUUUUGGACACUUCAAGUACCUCAGCGCUCACAACUACAAGAUCGACACCAAGGAGACCGAUGUGGACGCCGUUGAGAACGGACGUCCAGCUCGUCCCUCAUCCUCCCCCACCACCAAAUCUCAGCAGCAGCAGCAGCAGCAGCAACAACAGCAGCAGCAGAUGUAUAUCGCCCAGGUGCUCCAGGACCCAAACUCGGACGAGCCGGGCGGGGGCAGCGGCGAGGAGGACCGCGGGUCGUCUCAGGACGAGGAGAUGCUGAACGGAGGUAACAGCAUCAAUGAGGCGGAUUUCCAGUCAGGGGAGGACAGUCUGAUCGCCAACGAGGUCCACCAGUAGCUGGGGGUGGAGCCAGAGGGAGGGGGCGGAGCUAGUUCAGGGUCCAUACCCACACAAAAUUUGGAAAAUAAAGCUGACUGAAGAAUCACUACACAUUUAGACAUACAAAUAGACUGACACAGUUAGCUCCACCCCCUCCUAGCCCGAAGACUUGACCCUGACCUUUGACGCCGGCGCUGGGUCGCCAACAUCCAGUCCUGCACGCCUGUGGAAACAUGAUGGACAUCAAACUGUUUCACAGGAAAUAACUGUACAUAACCACAAAGCCAAAAGUUUUCUUUUUUUGUUUUUUCUCUGGGGGAGGGGGACAGGGUUUAAAAAUUUGUGCCUGGGCUGGAUUUUGUUCGUUCGCACUUGUGUCUUGACACCUGAUCUCACCGUGGGUCGCCGGAACUCGACCGAGGGGUCAGAGCUGACGCUGUGUUUUUCCUCGGCCUGGUAGACGCCACCAAACAAACCCCCGCCGUUGCCGCCGUCCUCUGGUAUCGGAGUGCUAAAUAACUCGCCAAGCUCUUGUAGUGGUAGAAGCCUCGCUUAUGCAGAUGCAUCGCAGUCUCCUUUCCCUGUUCACUUUCUUCCCUCCUUUCUUUCUGUGGAACCUGUGGGUCGUGGAUUUUGCUGGUACAUUCAACACAUCACCUGGAAGUUUUGGAUUUUUUUAAUCUGCCAAGCUUUCGCCGCAUGUUGUUAAAAGUGAUUUCUGGAUUUACGAUGUUGCCACCUUCGCAUCCAUCGUAGGACUGCAGUGGCCAGUGAACUCACCAGAUCUCCUCCUGGUCUUGGCAGCAAAUCCUCCAAUCUGCCAGAUGAACAUUUUCAACUUCCCGCUUCAGUUGGACCACUCCUCGGCCAUCGAACAACCGGACUCAAUACAAGGACGCGGUUUUGAUUUCACCUGAGCUACCUUAAAUCAUGAAUACCUGACAAAGGGAACAGGGAUGUUUGUGUCUGUGUAGGUUUAGCAAUCAAAACUCUUUUCAUCUACGGGGAGAACUUUGUGAAGAUGCUCUGAUACGUCCGGCAGCAGCAGCAGAGUGGUUUGAGCUCAGGUAGACGCAGAAGAGCAGUGCUUUUCGAUUGGACAGUCUACCCUCAACGCCUGAAGCUGUCAGGGCUCUCAAGGGAAAAUGUUUUUUGUUUGUGUGUGUUUUGAAGUGUGUUCUGUCUGUGUGUGGGUGUGUGUGUAUGUCCAGUAGCUUAUUGUACACAAACCUGCAUCAUGAAGGGUUCAACAACAUCACAGGUAACCAAAAACACCAAACUGGCUACAUCUCAACAUCUGGCUAACCAGUCCCAGUGCGUCUCAAACCGGUUGUCGGUCUACUAUAGAAUUAGUUCAAUGAAAUGUUUUCCUUCACUUUGUUACGAAGACAUUCGCAUUUAGAAAGAAUACGAAUCAUGACUCAAACAUCCUCUACAAACAUCAAGUCCCAGUUUUUACUGCAUACAGUUCAAGUCUAAAAGGUCACAUUAGAGUCCAACUGAAAUCACUUCACUUGUCAGGUGUUUGUCCAGUACAGAGGUACGUCCAGUAAGUCUAGUAUAAUGCAAAGACUUGGAACAAGUGGAACAGUUAGCCCUAGCUCCAUCAACCACUCCAAGUCUGUCUGGUUUAUAUGUUGUCUGAUCUUGUUACAAUCUAUCAGUAUAGAUUGAUUAGCUUGGUUUGAUAUUAACAUUGUAAUAUUAACUUCUCUGUCCAUUUAGCUUGGAGUUAGACUCUCAACUCUAGCAAAUAAAAUCCAGUUUUCUCUUGGAUGGAUUGGUGACUAACUGCUUGCUAGGACAAAGAAAAUCUGCCAAAUUCUUGCAUGUAGAUUUUAACUCUGGUACAUUUUGACCCACUGAACAACAGCAAACCAUUCUGACAGUGUACUUUGACUGUGCGGAGAGCCAGAGAAUCCAAAAUGCAGGAAACUAUAUCAGUUUAUUAGCUGUGUUUCAUUGAAGGUCCUCUCAGAGAGUAAACUGCUCCAUGUCCAGAGACAUGGUUUACACACAGUUAGAGACAGGUAGACUGAUACUGAAACUGUGGACAACUUGCUUAGUGUCUUGUUAGCAACUGAGCUAGCAAACCUGGUAACUGUAAAUUAGCUUGCUUCAAGCUCAGUAGCUCAAAGAGUUUUUAUGUUUUCAGCCUCUUGAGUUGUCACCACAUCAUCAACACUUGCAGGUAUGAUCGGACUAUUGCCAGAGCUACUUCAACAGUUUACAGUCUUUGUGCUAAGCUAGGCUAAACAUGUCAUGGACCCUUCUCUGUACUGGACACAGAAAAAUGGAUCUGGAAAUGUUUUCUCUUCAUCCUGUGAUAUGUCUGAAAUCAAACAUGAUACUAAACUAUCGUGUGACCAGAGGUCAAAAGGAAUAUUUUACAAAAAUGUAAAUUCAGAUCCAGCUGUUUGAGAUGUGACUCAAACACGUUAAAUGCUUCAGCUGCAGCUCUGAUUCUUUUCUGGACGGAGGGAGUUUCAGUCGUCUCUUUCCCACGAUCCUUGUAGUGUCUGAUGAUGCGUGUCAGCCUGCUUUUUCAUGCGUAGCCUGUUAAUGUCUCAUCACAUUCACAUCGUUCUUCUGCUGAUCUCUGCUUUCACUUCUUUCCUGUAAAAAUCAAGUUUUACGUGACCCCAUGUGCAGUUUUCAGGACACCUGCCAUCCAACCAGAAUCUGGUAUCUUUCGUGUCCUUAAUACAGCGUGAGGAUUUAAAAGGCCAUACUUGCUUUUAAUUACACAUUCCCGUAAGCAUGAUGGUUACCCGACGUAACCUUUGUUCUUCAGAGUGUUGUGAGCUCAGACAGUUUACAGCAGUAACAGAGUCUUUCCAUUAUAAAGUCUCUGAUGAUAAUGAGAACAGAUUUACCAUCAACACUGACAAUAGUUAGUGAAACAAUGAAUCCUUGAUUUCAGACAGAACCACACAAAAGCAGCUGGCAAAUGUUGAUUUUUUUUUUUUGAUCUGUCACUGGCAUGUUUUGUUAGCAGUAAGUAGCUAGCUAAAUAAGCUAACGUUUGAUUUGGUUGAAAACUCUGCCUUCAAGACUUUUUUUUGGUCUUAACUUUGCACUUGAUGGCUACAUAGAUAUGAUGUUAACAGAACAAGGCUAAAGCCAUGAUGCUAGCAGACAGGGUAAAGCUAACAGGCUGCAAGCAAAAUGUCAAUGAAGCACUUGUUAGUCCUACUGUUGUAAGAGGAAAAACAUGAGCUCAUACUUUGUUUUGUUUCACUUUUGAUGAUAAAGGAGAAGUUUUUCAUAAUUAGAACUAACUGAUAUGUUUAGCUAACGUAACUCUCUGUCAGGUCAUGUUUGCAAGUCAGAGCCGCUAAUGUUAGCCCAAACUCUGACAGCAUCCAGGACCAGCUCACACACAGUGGAUGUUUCAGUCCUGAUGUAACCCCACUAACAAGGCAGUUCACUAAUGAUAAUUCUUAGCUUAACUGAUUCCUCACCAUUUUGCUCUUGUGUUUUUUGAAAGACCAAAAAAGAGACACAACUCUAGCAGUUCACCAGGCAGGAAGCCUCAUGAAGGACUCUCUCCAGUUGUUUUAUGGGAACUGGAGUUUGAGCUAUACUAGAAUAUCUUGACCUCAGCAGCUCAGACUUAGAUAGUUCUGUUUUUUCAGUCUGUCAAACUGUCUGUAAAGGACAUAUGAUAUUGCUUGAGUUUUCUGUAACUUGAGGUCCACUUACUUGAACAGGACCUUAAGAUAAUUUUGUUUUAUUUGGACAAAAUUACCAUAAGUAAUGACUAUUCAUUUCUAAUCUGCCCCCCAGAGGCCAACUUUAUGAAUCUUACUAUUAUUAAGAACAUAUAAACAGACACGUGUUGCAGCCAGCUGUCCACAUGUAUGUGUAGUUAAAAAGCAACUAUGGUGUUUGGAUAUGAGGCGAAGGAAUUUGUUCAAGUUAAAACACACAACUUUUGAACGUUUCAGUGCAGCGACAUGACGAUGACAACGAAAUAGUCUCAGGUGUUGUUUGUUUUCCUGGAAUAAUGUUUACAUCAGUUUUUGUUGCUUGUUUAGAUUUUUGUCAUGUUCUGCAAUGUGUGUGUGUGUGUGUGUGUGUGUGUGUGUGUGGACACAGAGCUGGACUAUGAAAGCUGUAGCCACCAGGAUGUCGGUUGGUUCAGGUCCGUGGUUACACGCCGGAGAACCUGCAGCGUCUGUGUCCAGGUGAUGUUUAGUUACUUUUGUUUCCUCUUCACUUCCAGCGGGGCGUCUGUCGUCAGGCGCUCCGGCCGCGAUUGUAUGCACAUGAAGCUGAAACUGAAGGAGAGCUCACGGUGGAUCUGAGGUCUGAGCCUGAGACUGGACGUUCAACUCAGCAGCUCUCAACCUGACGGUCUGGAAAAUAACCACAGGAGCCAAAGUGUGAAAUGUUCAGAUUCGGUUUGUACCAGAGAAUUAUCACUCGGAGCUUUAUCAUCAGUCGAUGUUUAGCUGGAAUAUGUUGAUUGAAGAGUUGUUGCCUCUGUAAGUCUGCAGAGAUCCCAUCACCAGCGUCAGGAAGAAUCAGUUUAGAGAAAAUCUGCAGCUUUUCUGACCAUCAGCAUCUUAAGAUUGGCUAAAAAUAUCUCACCUCAAGGUCAGUUCAGUAGCUGUCCUGAAGCUUUUGAUCAAAUCACAUGAUCUUCAUCAGAAUACAGAGUUGCCAUUGAACUGUUGAUGUUUAAAUUGCCAUUUUUUUCUGAUCACUUCAAGGACUUUUGUCCAGUUUGGUCUUAAUGUUUGGAUACAUCCUCGGCCCAAAAACAACAGUUUCAUAUGUUGAUGAAGAUCACACAAUAUGAUCGAAAACACCUGAAUAGCUGCUGUGUGAGUCUGUUUCCAAGGUCAAGAAUGUGACGUUCUUGAUUCCCCAAAGUAUUUUGAAAAUCAAGCUCUGAGUCUUAGAAAGACACAAGUCAGUUUGACUUAUAUUUAAAGAAUGUGAGAGCUCAGUUUGUCGCAUUCAGGGUCCAAAAUGUUUAACGGACGACAGCAGGUUCAAAACAUCCAGACUUUCUCCAGUAGCCGGGCGCCUGGAGGCCGAAAGGGUUAAAACGUCAUCUCACAGGGUUAGAGUUGUUCUGGUUCUGGUUGGUGAAGGUUGAGAGCUGCUGCGUUCACCGUCGUCUCACGGUUGUAGGAACUGAAGACACUCACUAAAAAACGAAAAGUGUGUGAUAUUUUUGUAACCUGCUGACUGAAGUAUUUGAUACUGAACACGUAUUACUGAAACAUUGAUAGCUGUGAUGAUGCUGUUGUAACAUGUAACUAAAGGUUUUUAAUAAUCAGCCGCUGCUUUUUGCUUUUCGUAGUUUUUUAAAUUGUCGCUGAAGUUAUUGAAGUUGUGAAAAGACGAAUGUGAACUGAAGAGUGAAAUGAAACAUCAGCUGAAAACGACUGAUACUGAAAAAAAAAAUGUGUAUAAAAUAAAAUGUGUGUAAAUAGCCAUCGAACUGCACUGUCGUCCUCGGAGACGGACAUGACUCAGAGUCUCAUCUCACCGGCUCCAGGCUAACAGUCAACUGGUCCAUUUCAUGCUUUUAAUUUAUUGCUGUGACACUAUUUAUUUUUACUUUGCUUUCCAGGUUGUAUGUACAGUGAAACAUUUGUCCUAUUUAUGUUACUUGAUCAAUAAAAUUGGCUUCAUCUGUC